AUGCAGGAUCUGUCCUUCAGCUAUGACCAGGAGACGGUCAACGGUGAAUCAAAAUGUGACGCAGGGCAUGCCCACCCAGUACGAGGCUUCCCUGGAGCAGGCACUCUUCGCCUCCGCAGCCCGGAACUCACGUCCGAUCAGCUGGCACCCUUCAUCGGCAAGAGCUCGGGGGUCUCCAACCCGUACGCACCGAACUUCUCUCCGGAUAGCUAUGCCGGUAUGCCAGACAUGGCAGAUCAAUACCUCAGCCCCUCUGUCUAUGGCAGCGAAAACAUCAUGUCAUAUCCCGUGACCGCGGACCCUUCAUUCUCCGCCACCGACUACUUCCCGGCCUACACAGCCAUGCAAGAGGACUUGCCACUUCCGCAACAACCCUCGGCCUACAUGACCGGCGCGCAGGCUGAUCCCAUGGCAUGGGAUGUUCCCAUGCCCUCUGACUUAUCGACAAUCUCACAUCCAGCCUCCGACAACUGGUCCCUGGACAUGUUAUCGAUGGGCACCAACAUCCCGCCUCCCGGGACCACCUGUCCAAGCUACGUCAGCGUUCCUUCUCCGUGUGAACUGAGUUGCCCAUCCACUCCGGACUUCCUUCCUAUUCAACAAUUCGAGGACCCCUUCCAGCCUACGGAAUCGAAGAAGACCAAGGGUGAAGAGGAACUUGUUGGCAUGGGGCUGUACAGCCAGCCAAACGGCACACUGGCACGAGCCCCGCAAAGCAAAUCAGGCAAGGGUUUGAAGCUCGAGGAAACAUUUACCCCGUCCGAGGAAGACAAGGACGAGGCGGAUGCAGAGGCGGAGGAGGUUCAGCAAUUCCAACCACCACCACCAAGCUAUGCUGAGAACGCUCCUACCAUUCGCCCAUCAAAGCAGCAGCCCAGACAACCCUUGAACCUGCUCCAGCGGUCAUUCUUCUUCGACCACGAUGAGGCGGAUCAGCAGCCGAUGGCCGCACAGCCUUUCACUACCUUCAACCAGCCUUGCAUGAACUAUGGAUAUGGGUGGUUUUGA